UUUUUUUUCUUGUUUUUCUUUUCUCUUUCUUUCUUUUUCUUUUUUCUUUCUUUUUGUUUUUCAUUUUUUAUUAGUAUCGAAUAAAGAAUGACUUCUCAAGUAUCAUUAGAUACUAACGGCAAUGUGCCAUCCUCUACGCGUCCUGUUGAAGAAACCGAAGUGUCAAUAGGUUCAAAUGAAACCACUUCAUCUACUCCUAUUGUACCUGGUAGUUUCAAGAAAGAUAAUUAUGGUUUACCUGACUCAUACAAGGUUGGUUGGACAUCUUUCUCAGAACUCCCUAAUCCUGGCAAAGAAGAACAUUUGGAAGUUUUGAAAAAGUCUUUGGGUGAUUCAACGGAUGCCUUGGUGGAUCGAUACAGUACUUCACGUCCUGAUAAGAAGGUUGGUCAACAUGAUUUGAUUUCUCAAUAUCUUAAUGAAGCUUAUUACGGUGAAUGGUAUCAUAAUGCUGGUGUUAUGCUUUUCGCAGUAGCUUCUACUUGGGCACAAACAAAACUUGGUGGUGGUUUGAUGGGUUGUUUGGUGAUUGGUGCCUUUUUGGGAACCUAUUAUCAAACUUCUGUUAGACGUCUUCGUCGUCGUAUGCGAGAUGAUAUUCAACGCGAACUUAUGGCUACUCGACUUUUGACUGAUAUUGAAUCUGCUGAUUGGAUCAACAAUUUUAUGUCUCGUUUUUGGCUUAUCUAUGAACCUGGCUUAUCCGCUCAAAUCAUUUCGACUGCUGAUGCCAUUUUGAUUGAAAGUACUCCUUCCUUUUUGGAUUCCAUCAGAUUAUCUACUUUUACUCUUGGUACAAAAGCUCCACGUAUUGAAGGAAUCAAGACUUAUCCAAGAACUGAACCUAAUGUUGUGUGUAUGGAUUGGAAACUUUCUUUUAUUCCUAAUGAUACUUCUGAUUUGACUAAACGUGAUUUGGAUGCCAAGGUCAACCCCAAGAUUAUUUUGACUGUUCGUGUUGGUAAAGGUAUGAUUGGUGCUGAAAUGCCUAUAUUAUUGGAAGAUCUCUCCUUUUCUGGGAACAUGCGUUUGAAAUUCAAGUUAUAUAACGAAUUCCCUCAUAUCAAAUCUAUUGAAGCCUCUUUCUUGGAACCACCUGAAAUUGAUUAUUCUCUCAAACCUGUUGGUGGUGAAACAUUUGGAUUUGACAUUAACAUGAUCCCUGGUUUAGAACCUUUCAUCAAAGAACAAAUUCAUGCUACUUUGGGACCUAUGAUGUAUGCUCCUAAUGUUUAUACCGUUGAUAUGACCGGCAAUGUUGCUUCUCUUGAUGAUGUAAAUGGUGUUCUAGCUGUAACUCUUUACUCUGGUUCUAAUCUCAAGGCAGCUGACUUCUUUGGUACCUUAGAUCCUUAUAUCUCUUUCCAUGUUGACAAUAUUCAUAAUGCAUCCCUCAGUGAAUCCAAGGCUAUCGAAGAUACGAAUAAUCCCAAAUGGAACGAAAAUCACUUUAUAUUGAUUAAUAACCUCAAUCAAUCUCUUUACUUCCAAGUCAUGGAUCGCAACUUUGGUCGUAAGGAUGCUCCUGUUGGUGUGGCAAACCUAGAGCUCAAAGAAUUUGAAAUUGAUUCUAUUAUGGAAGGAAAGAAUUUGGUCGUCUUACGAAAUGGAAAAUCUGUAGGCGAAUUAAAGGCUGACGUUCGUUAUAUUCCUGUAUCCAAACCAGAAAAGAAAGAAGAUGGUACUAUUAUUCCUCCUCCUGAAUCAGAUAGCGGUGUUUUACGUCUUUACGUUCAUGAAUGCAAGCAACUUGGUGGUGAUACUCGUAAAGCGGCCUUUGGUCUCAUCAAGUCAGAUGUCAACGCGUAUGCUGUGGUCAAGGUCAAUGGUCAUGAAAAAUUACGUACCAAACCAUUUAAACGAAGCUUCAAUCCCACCUGGAACAAGUACGUUGAUGUAUUUGUUGCUGACAAGAAUAAGUUGGAUUUAGGUAUUACUAUCUGGGACUCUAGUGAAUUUGCUGAUGAUAGUCUAGUUGGAAGAUGGAGCUCAACCUUAACUCAAUUCCAGGAACAAAUUACAAAAGAUUCUCAAGACUGGUGGAAUCUCACCGAUGGUGCUGGUCGUAUUCAUCUUAGCAUGACAUGGAAACCUGUGAUUACUACUGGUAUUAAGACUGACAUUUCUGAUGGUCGAGUUUAUACUCCUCCUAUUGGUGUUAUCCGUUUGAACCUAUUUGGUGCUCGUGAUCUCAAGAAUGUCGAAGCAUUAACUGGUGGAAAAUCUGAUCCUUAUGCUCGUGUGCUUUCUGGAAUGCAAGUUCGAGCUCAAACUGAACGUAUCGAUGAUAAUCUUGAUCCUGAUUGGAAUACUGUAUUGUAUGUACCUGUUCAUUCGAUCCACGAAGAUUUAAUCAUUGAAGUUAUGGAUUACAAUGAUAUUCAAAAGGAUAAGAGUCUGGGUAUUACUGAAGUUAUCCUCAAGGAUAUUAUUCAAGAAACUACUGCUGAAAACGGUCAAGUUGUGUAUAAUGCAAAGGACGCUUUGGAUAGAACUGUUGAUUUGACCAAUAUUGAGCGUACGAAAUCAAAAGGUACUAUUCAUUAUGCAUUGUCAUUCCACCCUACUCUCGAAUUAGCAAAGGCAGCGGAAGAAGACGACAAAGAAAAGAAAUCAAUUGGUGAAGGUGAUGAUGUUGAAGCUGAAACUAAAGAAACUGCUGUUGGGGAUCAUGUUAGUGAAAGCAAGGACGACACUCCACCUACUGAUACCACUAAUGAUGCUGAAAAGACUCUUCCUGAAAAGGAUGUCCAUGGUGAAUUGAUCAAAUAUACCGAAGAAAAGAAGAUUGAUCUGAUUGGUUACGAAUCUGGUAUUUUGUCGGUGACAAUUCAAAACAUCAAGUUACCUCAACGAAGCCGUGCUGUGGUGGAUGUUUUGGUGGAUUCCAACGAUGCUCAAUUUACUACUUCUCAACUCAAGGGUGUCGAAUUACCUUAUCAUGAAACUGGUGAUGCAUUUGUCAAGGAAAUGGACUUCUCUCGUUUGGUAGUGAAUGUGAGACGUUGGUCUGACAAUGAAAAGGAAUACGAAGUGAUUGGUUACUAUACCUCCCCUAUUCGUGAUAUUGUACGCCAAAUCAUGAGUGGUGAUCAUGAUCCCAAGGUUGGAAAGGAAGUCAAUUUACUGGAUUGUGCUGGUGGGGUGGCUCGUCUCUCAUUCUCCUUUACUCCUGUGAUUCAAUUCAAAUUAGACCCUGCUGAAAGUUUGGAAAAUCAAGGCAAUUUGACAGUAACCGCAUUGAAGGCUUCCAAUUUGAAGGCUGCAGAUCGAUCUGGCACUAGUGAUCCCUAUGUUGUCUUUAGCGUUGAUGAUGUGAAGGUGCACAAAACAGAAACAAUCAAGAAAACAUUGAAUCCUGUGUUCAAGAAUGAAACUUUUACGGUUCCCGUCCAAUCACGUUUACAUUCUGUUCUCAAAGCUACGGUAUUCGAUUGGGAUCAAGUUGGAUCUGAUGAAUUUAUUGGUGAAGCACUUAUUCCUUUCUCUGGUGAACAAUUGGAAAGUUUCGCUGCUAAGGACUUUGAAGUGAACUUGACAGAAGGUGGAACCCUCAAAUUACGACUUUUAUGGCAACCUCAGUUAUUGGCUCGCAAACGUACUGGAACUUCUCUCUUUUCAGCAACCACUCGAAUUUUCACCUCUGCUCCUGGUUCAGCGCUUGGUGCAGGAAAAACUUUUGCAGGUGCAGGAAUUGGUGCUGGAGGCAAAGUAUUGGGUGCAGGCUUUGAUGCUGGAGGCAAGGUAUUAGGUGCAGGUUUUGAUGCUAUUGGUAGUGGUAUUCGUGGUAUUGGCAAAAUAGGUAGUAAUGGAAAGAAGGCAGAUUCUCCCGUGGUACCAUCAACAUCCUCUAGUGGUACAGCAGCCUCUACUCCUGAUAAUCAUCGAUUCAGUACGUCUACCAUCAGCAGCAACAGUAACGGUCAUGAAACAGAUUCAGCUUCUAUCUCCAAUGCAGAUUUCGCAAACAAAACACUUCAAGUAUCUCUUAUUGGUGCUCGUGAUUUGAAGGCUAUGGAUCGUGGUGGCACUAGUGAUCCUUAUGCUCGCGUUCGUAUUGGUAAUAAGGUUGUUUACAAAACGAAGCAUAUCAAGAAAACCCUUACUCCACAAUGGAAUGAAAAAUUCGUUGCCAAGGCCGAAAAUGGAAAAAUAGAUAUUAAAGUCAAGGAUCAUAAUACCCUUUCUGACGUAGAUAUUGGUGGGAUUGUGUUUGAUGCAACCACUGUUUUACAAACCGGACAAGCGUUUGAUGGUUGGUUGAAGUUAUCUCCUGAAGGAACUGGUGAAAUCCAUGUACGAAUUGGUUGACUGAUCAAUACAACUAUGGUUAAUAAAGUAUAGUUAGUUUGUUAAUAGCUAGUCUUUUUUUUUUUUUGUCUAUUAUUUGUUGUCACUUUUUUAUAAAAUAAAAUAUUUAUUUGAACUUUA